AUGGCAAAUUCUACUCCAGCGCAAAAGGUACAUUAUCAGAGCGCUCGAGAUCGAUUCUGGACGUUGUAUCUCAGUCAGGCCGAGGGCAAAGACCGAGAGAGAUCGGAGCGGUGGAGGGUGGACACCGACGGAAUCCUGAUCUUCACGGGCUUGUUCUCUUCGACUGUGGCCAGCUUUGUCACUGCCAGCUAUUCCACACUUGCUACGGCAGAUAGCGGAAGUGAAACUGUCGCUCUUCUUCGUCAACUCGUUGCGCUCACGCUCACAAAUGGAACUUCGACCGCUGAACUCCUUGUGACACAGAGGGCGGAUAGCCUCUCUACGUCCGAUACCGACGUCUAUAUCAACAUACUGUGGUUUUUGUCUCUUAUCGUCUCCAUCUCUUGUGCGUUGCUUGCUGUCAUGAUGCAACAAUGGGCCAGACAGUAUGCCCAAGACGUGCAGCGGGGUGGAACCCCGAGCGCGCGGGGACCUUUGCAAUCCUUACUGUCUACAGGCAUCGAGAAGUUUAGAAUGGAGAAUGCGAUUGAUAUGAUCAUGGCGCUCGUACACAUUUCUGUUGCGCUGUUUUUCGCCGGAUUGAUCCUACAAUUGAAAUCUCUCAGCGUUGGUGUACUUGGUGCCGUGGCAAACGGAUGCAUUUCCUUUGUUGCGCUGUCAUAUGUGGUCCUCUCGAUUCUACCGUUGACAUACCCAGAAUGCCCAUAUCGCACACCGCUCACAGGAGCUGCACGACUUGUCGCCACGUUGCUCCUCACUACCUUUUGCGGCUCAGUCACUACCAUGUCAUCCGUCUGGGACAACGCGAUUGAUCAUGCGCAUAUGAAAGUAACCCCUCGACUUCUCCACCGAACUCGACUCUCACGAGAUAUGCUGCGGAGCGAUAGAGCAACGGUACUCAAGGGUCUGACGAACACGUUGAGCUCGAGGACUUUCUUCAACGUGAUCAACUGUAUGUGGAAGAACGUCAACAGCGAGUUUGAGAUGGGGAGAUUCUUUAUUAUCGUUGCCCCGUUAGUGGCUCCUCCCUUAUAUAAACGGGUCAGCCAGGAGGACAGUCGGGAUGGCAAGCGCGUGCAGGUGUACGCAAUUGAAGACAUUCUCUGUUCGGGACAGGCUCGAGAGAUCAGUACUCUUCUUCUUCGAAGGACUGAUGUGCUCACAAAGAUCAGAUAUCUUGUCAGGUUAUGCAACCCACGCUCCACCCCGCUUUGUGAACCUGACUGCGUGAAGCACCUUGAAUCCAUAUGCCAUUUUCUUCGUGGACUCAUAUUGACCUCGUACGACGAUCAUGACUCCGGAGUCGCGGCACUAUGGUUAGGAACAGUCGCCACCUGUUUAAAGCCCGGAGACAUACGUCUGAUGAUUGCUGCUGAAUGGCAAUCUGUUGACCCACUUAUCAAAGACCUCAUUCUACACCCGCAACCCGGAGCCGAACCCCAGGCUGAUUACAGCCUUCCCAUCUAUCUUAUUGCAUACGUGUUCCAGACCAUGAUGUUGGGUGUAGCGCCGGAAUAUGACAAGAGCCCAAACGGCAAGGGCAGUGUCCAGAGGUAUAGUUGUGGUUCGCAGGCUGUCGCGAUUGAGCCUGGAUGUGUGCUCCGUUUCCGAGGGCUCCCUCACACAGUCAAAUUUGACAUAUAUCACAUUCCAAGGCGAGAGGAUUGUGUGCGAUGCCGGUUGCUCUAUCUGCUGCACUUUAUCCUCAACAUCGGUGUCCACGGCCCUCCGAGCGCGGCUGCGAAGGUGCUGAUGGAAGGGAAGUCGUCCUGGCGGCCCUUCUUGGGCUUCCUACACAAGGAAAGCCGACAGUCCUUAGACCCCGUUCAUACGACAAUGGGGGAGACACAUCCACCCAUUCCUCUUAUGGAAGCCAUCAUGCUCAGAAUACUUGAAGGCGACCAACAGGGGAGGGUGUUCCGUCCAUAUAACAUCCGCAAAAACUAUGCGCAUAUGUUUGUUGCGUACCCCGAGUUCGUUGAUAUGUUCAAGGACCUUGUCUUAUGGUCUGGAAGCAUUCACCAUGCACCCAGCGAUUGGGCAUUUUAG